AUGGAGGAUCCAACUCCUCUUUUCCAAGCGUCGAUCUGUGUCGACGAGUGGGGUCUUCCUUCUCAAGUGGCAACAGAGCUCAUUGGUCUCUUCCUGGAAACCGCGCAAGCAUUCUUGACAUUCGUUCACCCGACCACAUUUAUCCGGAGGUUCAUGCGCCAGGUUGGAGAGAAGCAGAAGCUCAUCGAGCCGGAGGCAGUCUCCAAUGACGAGGCUUUCAUGAUUUACUCGAUGCUUGCGGUCGCAACAAGGUUCUCCAAAUCUUCUUACUUUGACAAUGUUCCUCCUGCUAGCCGAGACGACAUUCUUACACGUCGCGCCUCAGCGCUGAAGGAUUCGAUCCUCAAGAACAUCCAGGAGCCAAGCUUGGACUUUGUCGAGGCCUGCGUCAUACUUGCCUUUCACCACUUGUCCGCGGGCAGGAUAGGUCCUGGGUCAGUCUUGAUCAGCGUCUGCAUUCGCUUUGCAUAUGAUCUCUCUUUAGAUGUGAUAGAUGAUGAUGGCAAUCUUUUCACUGUCGUGGACGGCUGCGCUGAGAAGCGUGUCGAAGACAAUUCGGAGUCGUGGCUCAAGAAGGAAGAGUGUCGGCGGCUUUGGUGGUCGAUCUGGGAACUGGACAUCUUCAUCUCCACCCUCUCGAUUCAUCCAUAUGGCAUUGCAAGAGGUGAGAUCAAAGUUUUACUUCCAGCUCCGAAUGAUAAUUGGCUUCGGGGUGUUCCAACCCAGUCAGCUUUUAUCCAUCAUCAUUGCGAAUCCACUUGGAAGAGCCUAAUCAAUUGUCCAAAUCAAUCUGCGCGAUCUUGGUUCUUGGUUGCCAAUCAUAUCAAAUCCGACAUCAUCCUCCAUGCCCGACGUCUAUCGGGGACUUCAGCCGCGUCGAAACAGAUGCUGGAAAUGAAUCUCUGCAACUUCAAAUUGUCCCUGCCAUCUGACUUCCAAUUACGGUCCCUGUACUUUACAGACGACAAUCAAGAGCAGAACAAUUGGAUUGUCGCUAUACAUCUGAUUAUUGCAACAUGCGAAACGAUUCUUGAACGCUCGAGCUGUCAUCGAGAGGAUGACUACAACCUGACGUGGAACCCUACGACACAAGGCAAUGCUCUCUUUUCCAAACGAAUCACUUCAUAUAUCUACCAGGUUGGACAGGUUUGGACGGCAGAAUUCAUUCGAUACUGCCACCCGUUCAUAUCCUGCGCCGUCAUGGUCCCUAGUUGUACUGAUGUAUAUGACUCUGAGUUGGCGAUCCAGGGCCGCGAGGUGGCUAGGCUCAUCAUGACACAUAUUGCACAGUACUGGGGUCUGGGAUCAACCAUGCUCCGGCUGCUCUCAUUUAUUGAGCAAGGAGUUGAUACGGAGAUUGACCCUCCAGCCAGGAAAGAACGACAAGCUUUACUGAAGCAGUAUUCGGUCCUCCUACCGUCGAUGUCUCGGCGCAAGGUAUCCCACGAUGGUCGUCCGGAAAAAUUACCUGACCAGGACCCCGUAAUUCAGCUGAGCACAACCGGGUCAGCAACAACGAGUCAUCAGGUGUUUAAUGAUGAUGGCAUUACCGCUGUACCACAAGCACAAAACGCAAUGGACUCGCAAACAGACUUGACGUCGAUGCACCCACUAGGCUGUCAUUUGGAUAUUGUUCCAGCGACAUGCGACCUGGCAGGCCAAGUCUUUUUAUGAACAAAGUCGGAC